AUGGUGUUUCCAUAUUUGAACCCGUUGCGCUGGAUCCGUGACCAUAAGAACGGUCGGAUGCGCAGCAGCUUCGGUGAGCCGCUAAUGACCCAUGACUCGGCGACUCACACUGAUGAAACUGAAGCCAUGGAUGUCGACAAUGUCAACACGGACACAAAUACCCAGACCCCUGGUGUAAAGAACAUCCCCAACCCCUCGUUGAACGAUGAGGAAAAGAUCCUGGCCAUGGUUGCCGACGAAAAUGAACACUUUGGCGAUGACGAGGGUCUCGAGACGAUUUCAACGGACGGCGACGUGCUGCUAGGGGCAAUGGCUCCCUUUCGCAGAACCUCCAGCAAAGGAAAGAAACGCCGGCGCUCUCGCUCUCCUGGAAACGCAUCGCUGAUCUCGCACCUUGCUGCCCGGAAGCUUCCUCGCAUGGGCACUCGGCCUAUCCAAAAAAUGACUUUCAAAAGGUCUUCUCCACCAAAUUCGCCAACGCGUAAAAACUCUAUUGGUCGUCGCCCAAUAAUCGCCACAAAUCCUCGGUUCCGGCCUAGACAUGACUCCGAUGCAUCCUCCGGAAGUUCAGCUUACGGUAGUCACAAUGGCUCUUAUAAGCUAGACCUACCGGCUGAUGAUACGAUGCCUUCGGACGAAAGCUCUAGGAGGUCACCUACGUCACCAUUCGCGCUUUUCCGCUCCUACUUCAGCAAAUCGGGCUCUCCGUUCUCCAUCGAGUCUAACUCUUCGGGUUACGCAUCGGUCUUCUCCCACUCUCCAUCACCACUGACUACAUCGUCUACGGGACUUUUCUUCAGUUCCAGCGAUGGCUCGCGCUCUCCCUUCAGAAAAGGCGUUUCGCCUUCCAAGCCAUCACGAUCUGCACAACGCCAUCAGUCGAAAUUCGAGACUGUGAUUGAGGAAAGCGAAUCUGAGCGCAGCACAUCUAAAUUGCCGCAGAUGGAGCAACCAAGCACACAACCGUCGACCAGCUUCGCUUCUCAAUCGCCCGAUAUCGGAGACGCUAGUGGGGUGCGUCGUAGCUCGCGAACCCGUCGUCAAGCCGUGCCUUUCGGUGAUGUUGUUGGUGAUUGGGCGAAGAAGAAAACUAUGCCGUUGCGGCACUUCGUCGGGAACAAAUCGCUGAAAAAGGACAAGCAGCAUACGGGCCAGCAU